UAUAUAUAUGUAUCUAUAGUAGGCACAGUGUGUAAAGGCAGCCACUUUAAAUAUGCCAUAGCUACCCAUCACUCAUUUUACUCUUUAACACCAUUCUAAUAACCUUUCUUCCUCUUCUUCUUCCCUCACUCUACUAAACUAGAAAAUCAAAAAAAAAAAAAAAAAAAAAAAAACAAGUUUCUUUAAUCUCUUCAAAAAAUGGCGCUGAAGCAAAUAGCGCUUCUGUUUGCCUGCUUCGCCAUUGUUGCUGCAGAGAAUCCCUACAGAUUCUUCAAUUGGAACAUCACUUAUGGCACCAUCUAUCCUCUUGGGGUACCCCAACAGGGUAUUUGGAUAAAUGGGCAGUUUCCAGGGCCGGAUAUUUACUCUGUCACAAAUGACAACAUCAUCGUCAAUGUCUUUAACAGCUUAGAUGAGCCUUUCCUCAUUCACUGGAAUGGGGUACAAAAUAGAAGGAAUUCAUAUGAAGAUGGAGUGUACGGAACAACAUGCCCAAUUCCACCUGGCAAGAACUUCACAUACAUUCUUCAAAUGAAGGAUCAAAUUGGAAGCUUCUUUUACUUCCCUUCUUUGGCUUUCCACAAAUCUGCUGGUGGUUUUGGGAGCAUUAAGAUCUUAAGCCGCCCGUUAAUCCCCGUCCCUUUCGACCCCCCGACCGAUGAUUUUUCCCUCUUAAUCGGAGAUUGGUACAAGUCUAAUCACACCGCCUUGAAGAAAAUUCUGGACAACGGCAAGAAAUUACCUUUCCCCGAUGGCAUUCUCAUCAACGGCCGUGGCCCAAACGUUACCUCCUUCACUAUUCAACAAGGAAAAACAUACCGGCUGAGAAUAUGCAACGUCGGAUUGCAGAACUCGCUGAAUUUCCGAAUCCAAGGGCACAAGAUGAAAGUUGUGGAGGUGGAGGGGACCCACACAAUGCAGAUCAGUUAUUCGUCGCUCGAUAUUCAUCUUGGUCAGUGCAUGUCGGUUCUUGUAACAGGCGAUCAGCCCCCUCAGGACUACUACGUCGUCGUUUCCACCCGGUUCACCACUCCGGUUCUCACCACCACCGGUUUUCUUCGUUACGCUAACUCGAAUAAAAAGGCCUCUGGCCCACUACCUGGUGGGCCCACCACUCAAAUUGACUGGUCCCUCAACCAGGCUCGUUCCAUAAGGACAAAUCUUACAGCAAGUGGACCGAGGCCGAACCCACAAGGGUCGUACCACUACGGCAUGAUACCCACAGUCCGAACCAUUCGGCUAGCCAGCUCAGCCGGUCAAGUCAACGGCAAACAAAGAUACGCAAUCAACAGUGUUUCUUUUGUUCCAGCUGACACCCCUUUAAAAGUCGCUGAUUUUUUCCAAAUAAGCGGAGUUUUUCGAGUGGGAAGCAUAUCGUACACCCCUAGUGGUGGAGGAAUAUUCCUCGAUACUUCCGUUAUGGGGGUCGAUUACAGAACAUUCAUCGAGAUCGUUUUCGAAAACUCCGAAGAUAUCGUGCAGAUAUAUAUAUAUAUUAAUGUGAUGAUAUUUUACAUCAGAAUGGACGGAGGGCAAUGGACUGAAGCUAGUCGGAACCAAUACAAUCUCCGUGAUGCGGUCUCUCGGUCCACGGUUCAGGUGUAUCCAAAAUCGUGGAGCGCUAUUUACAUAGCGCUCGAUAACGUGGGAAUGUGGAACUUGAGAUCGGAGUAUUGGGCUAGACAGUACUUGGGGCAACAAUUUUAUCUUAGGGUUUACACCACGUCAACUUCGUUGAGAGACGAGUAUCCGAUUCCGAAGAACGCUCUUCUUUGUGGUAGGGCAAAAGGGAGACACACGAGGCCAUUUUGAGCUAUAAUUAUAGCCUAAUUAACGAGGCUUAUUACGCAAUUACACGGCUGAGCCAACAAGGAAAACUUUCGGCUUUUCGAUCAAAGUGGAGAUUAGAGUUUCUUGGCUUAGAAGUUUGUUUUUCGAUUGUCGUGGACGGUGGUGCUAAAUCGGCACCUAUGCAAAUUUAGGAACAUGUAAUUCUAGUACUUUUCAAUUUUUAUUUAUUUUUGGUUAAUUAAGUUAAUGAGUAUGACCUUAGCUCAAGGUCUCACAUUCUUUAGGUUUGAACUUGAUGUUGUAUCUUGUUUGAUAUUUAUCGAUUAAAUUUUAAAGAAUUAUUAUAGUAUAAUAAUAAAUGAGAUGUUUUUAUUUAA